AUGAGAUUGGUCUUUGUUGCUUUUCUAUCUCUUUGUGCUCUUACUCUGAGGCUGCAAUGCGCCACAGUGAAUGAACCAAGAAAGGAUAAUCAUGUAAUUCGUCGCGAGAAAAGAACACCUCAGUACGGCCCACCACCUCUUCCACCUGGUUGUCCGCCACCUCCACCACCUCCACCGCCUGGAUGUCCUCCACCGCCGCCACCUCCACCGCCUGGAUGUCCACCACCACCAUAUCCCCGUCCAUAUUAUUGUCCACCACCACCACCCUUUCCUCCACCUGGUUGUCCGCCACCUCCACCACCACCUCCACCUGGAUGUCCACCUUUCCCACCUCCCCCACCACCACCACCCCCACCACCACCACCGCCACCCCCUCCUCCUCCACCGUAUUACUACUACAACUGA